UCUAUUGAGAUCCAAACAUGAAGUUGCUCUAUGAGUAUUCCAAGAAAACCUCAAAAAAAGAGCAAAAGAUGACAUAACUGAAGAGUGAACAAUCAUAUGGCACAACCUAAGAAAACCCUGAAAAAUUUCAUCCCUCUUUUCAUUCUCCUCUCUCUUUCUGCUCUUUUCCUCAUCUCUUACCAUCCUACAAACUUGAAUUCCACCAAAUCUUUCUCCUUUAACCCAAACACCCCUCAAACCCAUCAAAACUUCACUUUUUUAAUCAAAGUUCUCACCUUUAACCGUCUUGAGUCCCUCUCUAGAUGUCUCAAUUCACUUUCCAAAGCACAUUAUGAUAACCAUGUUGUUCAUCUCCAUAUCUACAUUGAUCACUUUCAAGAUUCCCCAAAUGGGUAUGUGGAAAUCGACCAAAAAUUGAAUCUUUCGAAAAGAAUUCUUGAUUUUGUUGAUGGGUUUUCAUGGAAAUAUGGGGAAAAGUUGGUUCAUUAUAGGGCUUCUAAUGCUGGACUUCAGGCUCAGUGGUUAGAGGCUUGGUGGCCUAGCUCUGAUGAUGAGUUUGCCUUUGUUGUGGAGGAUGAUCUUGAGUUGUCACCUCUUUAUUUUCGGUUCUUGAAGAGUUUGAUUGACAAUUAUUAUUAUAAUAAAUCCAACUUUAGUCCUAUGAUUUAUGGGGCUUCCUUGCAGAGGCCUAGGUUUGUACCAGGUAAGCAUGGAAACAAGAUGCAGAUCGAUGAUGGAACUCAACUUUUCUUGUACCAGUUGGUUGGCACCUGGGGUCAGCUUCUGUUUCCAAAACCUUGGAAAGAAUUCCGCAUAUGGUAUGACACACACAAGGCCAAGGGAUUGAAGCCAUUUCUUGAUGGGAUGGUGACAACAGGAUGGUACAAAAAGAUGGGGGAAAGAAUCUGGACACCUUGGUUCAUUAAAUUCAUCCAUGCCCGUGGUUACUUUAAUAUUUACACCAAUCUUUUGCAUGAGCGAGCUUUUAGUGUGUCUCAUCGCGAUGCUGGUGUUAACUAUGGGAAAUCGGCUGGGCCAGAUUCUUAUUUAGUGGAUGAGAAGUCUUUUGAUAUUAACCUUUUGAAGAUGCAAUCUUUGCACAGUCUGAAGUGGUACGAUUUCUGUUUCAAGGAAGUUUCUCCUGGUAGAAUUGUACGCAGUUCAGAUGAUCUAGCGUCUGUUUUUCACUCAGUUCAGAAAUCGAGGACUAUACUAUUUGUAAACCUACAACAGGUGUCAGAGUCAAUUAUUAGGAAUCUUCUCUGCCACUUUGAAAGAUUGAAUAUCCAAAACUAUGUCUUAUUGGGUCCAAAGUCCUAUUUCCUACUUGAUCUUGCAAGAAGGGGUUAUCCCGUGAUUGACACAGACCAAUUUUUUGACAGUAUUAGGCUACAAAACUCGAUUAACUUUGAUAAAUCACAUGAAAAAUUGGGCAAAGAGAUUGUUGUGAAGGCCCACGUAGUUAGAAAGUCCUUGGAACUUAAAUACAACACAUGGGUUGUGGAUAGUGAUGUGAUUCCUCUCAGCAGUGAUUCAUUUCUUGAUUCGUAUGAUCCGGCUAAUGACUUUCUUUUGGGGAAGAACUUUAAACUUGUCUUCAUACGAAAUUCAGCUUCUGCUUUAAAAUUUUGGGUCGACAAUGUUUUGAACAAAGUUGUUGCCUUGGUUGCCACUUUGAAGACUAGAGGUUCAAUUGCCACAGAGGGAAAUUUUGUAAAUCUAGUUGAGAAGUUAUUGGAACAAAAGAAAACUACUUUUAACAGGGUUGAUGACACUGAUUUUAGUUUGAACAUCAGUUUUAUGGAUGCUAACCAAACCUCUUCAAGGAAUGGAAAGAAGUUUGCCUUUUGGUCACCUGAGAUGGGUUCAGAACGGAUACAAAAACGACUUGAAGAGUUUGCUAUGUGGGUUGUGGAUAGUGAUUUAUCAUGUAAUGCAGUUGUUUGUCAUCCAUCAUAGCAUAUGGAGGUGUUUAUCUGUGUAUCUAUCGUAUACUUAUGAUGUCUGCUUAUAGUUUGAUGGAUUUUACAUGUUAAUAUUGAAGGCAAGAAGA